CACCGAGAACUUUCAAUCUCAAUCAACACAUAGUCAAGAGUGAAGAGUCAAGAUACAAGAGGAACUUCAAUCAUCAUCCCUCACUCACAGAGAGAAGUCGAAAUCAAUAUCAAAAGCUUGUAUUCACACGGCUGGUUGAAUAUAAUGUUUACAUUUAAUUAACGCCAUCGCAUCGAUCAAUAUCAUAUUCUAUUUUGAUCCCUCCAUAUUGCUACCUACCUACCUACAUAUUGCAUUCCAUUCAUUCACUCAUCCCCCCAUUCAUUCAUUCCGGAUCCCCCCCCAAAGUCUUUCCUUGAACAGCCAUCUAAUCACCGAAAAGUCCCUGCGCCAUAAAUCUCCUACUACCUACACCGUGCCGUGCCGUGGCACAAGAUCGAACUUUCAACUGGCAGAUAUCAACAAUAGAACUCUGCAGAUUCACCACAAAAACUUCAUUCAGUGUUAGUGGAUAUUGAUAUAAUUCUUCGAUACCCUCGUCAUUUUUUCCAAGGCUCAAAGAUCGUACGUGGUAUAUUCACUAGCUUGAACCCUUGGGGAAGAGAUUACGGAUAGAACUCCGGCACUAACCUUAUAAACUUGAUUAUUUAGUUCGGGCCUAAAUCUCUUGCUAGCUGUUGAGAUCUUCACACCUCGAGUCUAUCCCAACUUCCAUAUUAAAUAGACAAAUCUCGGUAUGGAGGGUGGAAGACCCCCGCCACAGUUACCGUUCUCGCGGAAUACCAACACGGCUUCGCCAUAUGGCCGUUCUACGUUUCCACCUGCGCCGAAUGGUCAAACAUCACAAUAUCCUACGUCGUCGCAUCCACCAAAUGCCCCUCCUCCAUACGCGGAUCAUCAACGAAGGACUUCUGAUGGUCAAUAUUUUCAAGCGCGUUAUCAAGAUGGACCACCGCAAAUACAUGGAGGAGGUCAUUCAAGGCAUCCAAGCUCUUCUUCGAUCGGACAUGGUACUCCAGUAGGACGAGGUAUGCCACCUCCAUCCUCCCCCCAGCAACAACAGCAACAACAGCAACACCAAGGGCCCAUUCAACAUGCGUAUGGACCACCACAUCCCCGAGCGCCUCCAGUAUCUGUUGGUCCGCCAGCUGGCUUUCCAAGUGGUCGAGAACUACCACCACCACCUUUGAAUAGACCACCGAGCACUGCUGGAAGUAACAUGUCCAUUUCAUCAUUGCUUGGAGGUCCAACACCGGCUACGCGAGAUCCAAUGCCUGGCCAGUACACUUCCCCGAUCAACACAUCGGCGCCGCCUCCUAUGUAUGGUAGCGCGACGCAUGCUUCACCACGCGUUAAUUCCGCUGCAAAUGAAUAUACCGCUUUUGGACGUCCUCGGACACCUGAAUCACGCUAUGAACAUCGAGAUCAUCGCGCAAACUCUGCAGGAUCGCCACCAGGACAAUAUGGGACACCCGACCAUCGACAUGGUACCCCUCAGCAGUAUGGUCCAAGACCUGCCCAAAAUCCCUUGGCACAGCACCCAGAGGAUAGGCGAGAUUCACAACAAGGUAUAAGAAUGAAUAAUAUGAGCAUGCCCCCGCGACCAAGCAGUCAACCCAUGACAUACAACUCUUCCAUUUCUCGUUCCGGAGACCGCCCAACAUUGCAUGGUGAACCGCAAUUCGGUGGUAGAAGAGUGGAUCAUGACCCUCGAGGAUUGGAGACCUUGACUAGAGGAGAAGCUAUCCAUCAGAGACCUCCGGGGGGUUUCAACAAUAGGCAUGAUCCAGCUUUCGAGCACAUUGAGAGAGAGCGGGAUAGGGAGAGGGAGAGAGAGAGAGAGAGAGGGACAGGGAUAGGGAAGCGGCGGCGGCGAUGAUGUUGAGUCAAAGGGAGAGGUCGGUUGCAGAGCGUGAACAAGCUUUGGCCAUGCACGAACGACCCGGGAUGCAUGGAGAGUAUCCGCACCAAAUCCCUCAACGAGCUCAUACUCAGAUCUAUGGUCGGCAACCUGAUCCUCGUGAACACGCAGCUUGGGUUCGCGCUGGACAUGAUCAGAGAAUGGGAUAUGAACAACCGCCAUAUGAACGUCCACCGCCAUCGUAUCCACAGCAUGGUAAUGGUUAUGAUUACCCACGAAGCGCGGCCCCACAAUACCCGAACCACCCCGCUUAUGAACCAGUGCCCCAUCAUGAACAACGUGACCCUCGGUACCCCCCUGUUUCUCAUCAUCAGCCACAUCCACAGUCACAAACGGUAACAGGUCCAGGUCCUCAUUUCGAGCAAUCAUAUGAAGAAAGAAUGACUCGUGGUCCACACCAACAGCAGCAGCAACAGCAACAUGUGGCAAGACAACAGGUGGCUGAAGGUCAAGCACGCGUGAUGCAGCCUCAACCAUUGGCAUAUGGUGGAUCAAUGCCGCCAAAUACUCAAUACCAACAGCAUGAUUCUCCCCAAAGGAGACCAGUUGAAGAAGGACCUCAAAUGAUGCAACAGCAACAAAGUCAGAGGAGCCUUUUGAGCGUUCAAGACAAUCGUAGAGGAGGCCGCAUUUCACCCAUUCCUCAAGCUGUACAAGGUGCACAAGUUCAGCACCCAGGUCCUGCUGGCGAACCUGGUAUUAAGAGCGAGUUUGGUAAGAUAUUUCACGGUAUUGGAAGUGGAGUUGGUGCAACUAUGAGCAUGCCCAGUCCUGUUGCAGGAUCUAGUGCCGGAGGACUGCCCUUCUCCGGACCACGUCGUGAUGACCUCGAUUCACCAUCUGCUCAUAACUCCCCCAUUGAAAACAAUGGUUCCAUGAUUACCCGUCCAUUUGGAAGACGCCGGAAGCUCAAAGAAGAAGAAAGAGGUGAUGAUGAAAGCAGCACAGGCCGACAGACACCUAACGGCAGAGCAAAGCGUACAAAACAUGCCGCACAUAGACAUCAGUAUGUCCCUCUCUUCCCUACCCUGGUUACUUAGCCUAACAUAUUUUAGUCACCAUCAUCGACCUGAUGCUUCGGAGCGAAUCCCGUCACCUUCGUCACAAAUGUUGACACCAUUCAAGAGCAUCAAGGGCACUAGCGAUAAUGUAUCUCCACCCACUGGCGAGAGAUCAGUCGUUCCACAUCAUCAUAUCCAACGACAUCAUCAUCAUCACCACACAGCAGGACCAAAAAUUGCCUCACCUAUGAAUACCGUUAUUCGCAUGCCUAGAUACGAAGUUAAGUCGCAAGCAAUCAUUGAUGCAGCUUCGAUUCAUCCCCGUUGCCAUCUUGGAUACGAGUAUUACCAACCUAAUCUCAAACUGUUCCGAUCAAGCUCUUCUGAUCGACUCCCCUAUAAUCGUGCCUUUGCCAGUACCAACAGAGCUUUCCCAAACUUUGAAGGCAAAGUCAAUUGCACAUAUACCAUCAAAAUUUCUCGAGCUCAUCUCAGACCAGAAAGUAGAGAAGAAAUUACUUAUCGGAAAAAUCUAUGGGGUACUGACGUCUAUUCGGAUGAUUCAGAUAUCAUUGCUGCUUGCAUUCAUCAAGGCUGGAUUUGUGGAAAGUGGGCCAAAGAUGUCGAUGUUAAGCUUUUGAAUCUUUAUCCAUCAGAUGAAGGUGUUUCCGUCGAACCGGAACUUGAUAUCCCGUAUGACGGACCGGAUGAGACUUUUGAUCGCCCCCCUGCUAAAGGUCCUAUGCCAAUUCGUAUGGAUCAUGAUCUCCAUGUCACAGUACUUGUUCUGGAUUGUCUUGACAAGUAUUCUAGCAAAGUCCGAUUUGGUAUCAAGAGUCGUGAAUGGGGAGGCAAAAACACAACUGCACAUGAUGGUUUGAGUUAUUUGAUCAUGAACAUAAAGUGGGUUGAUGGUGUGGAUGGAAUGGAAAGUGGAAACUUUGCCAAAAAACGGUUUUUGAACAUGCAACAUCAGGAGAAAUCCACGGAUAGACAAGAACAAGAAGCUGACCGAGAACGCGAAUUGUGGUUGGAGACGAAGAUGAACGGGAACGGAAAACGAGCCAUAGACCAUGGAAAUGAAGAGGACGUAGUUAUGGAAGAGAGUCACAUGAGAGGUGAUUUGGGAGGACGACAUGUUUUAAAUGAUGGAGAAAUUCGAGGUGUUGGCACGGGAAGUUGGUGGAAGGGAAAUUCGCGAGAUUCAUCAAAGGACGUUAAGAAUGGCAAAGGUCCAACUGCUCAGAAGGGUCAAGAAAUGACAGGGAAUGGAGCCCUACCAAGCAAGACGCAUCAGUUUGGAGCCCAUACCGUAAGUGUUUAUUUAUUUGAUCACUGAGAGUCUUAUUAAACCUUUUGCUGACACGUUGAUAAUAGCAGGAUCUUACUGGAGCAAACAUCUCAGGAUAUAUUGCGCAAUCUACGAAGAAUUCCGAAUCCAUCUCCGAAGUUUCGAAGAAGAAACCGCAAGAAUCUGAAGAGAAUAGAGAAAAUCCUAAUCCAACUUUGGAGAGGAGCCAUAUCAAUGUCCCAGCUAUGAGCUCAAAUACCUCAUCAAACAGAGAAAGCGGUAUUCCAGAAGAAGUACCAGUGCAAGAAUCCAUGGUACUCGAUACAGCAGCUCCGGCUCCUCAAAAAUCAAUGCCUACAGGCACAGUAGAAGCAGGAAUCCUUGCCGUACAAUCGGCCGAAACUUCAUCAGGCCGCAAGGACGAAGUUAUCAAGGAAGUGGAGCCCACUAGAGACCCAAAUCAUAUCACUUCCGAAUCAAAGACACAAACGCAAACACAAAUUCCAGCUACCCAGAAGCAGGAUGACAAGGUUGAAAAAUCGGUGGGAAUAAAGGACCAGGAAAGUAUUUCACAAAUUGUCCCAGUUGUAGAAGUCCCUACAGCUGCACCUGAGACACAAGCUCAGGCCCAGGCUCCCCACAUAGGUGGGGGAUCUUCUCCACUUAUUGUGGAAGAAGCAGCAGUGGAUGCAGAUUCCUCUGCAUCUGCUCCUGCAAAUAACUGAUGCUGUUUUGAGACGCUAUGCCAUCGGCAUUGACAUACCAAAGUGUCCUUUGUUUGUUGUAUGAAUAUUCUCCAUGCUCGCGAGCAAAAGCGCAUAGCAUUGUUGAACCUCGUCAUAGGUGGGGUUGUCGGUUUAUCAAAUAUCCAAGCGACCUUUACUCAAGCAGGCAACGAACAUGAGUUAGUGCAAGAGAGUUCUCCAUUCAGGGUCGAUAUUGCGAACUAAGGACGGAGUCCCUGAAUCAAGAAGGCCAAGAUGUUUUAGGGAGAGUCGAGGUUGAUGCAUCAAGACUUCGUAGUUAGCAUCAACUUCAUUCUAGGUUGAGAAAGAUCCAGGUUUUCGGAUAUGAUACGAUAUGGAACAAGCGCCCAUCCCUCUUCUUUUUAUCCAGUGAAAAAUUCCUGGAAAUUUUACAAUUUUGAUCUCCACUCUCUGCAUAACAAUAAGAGUACAAUGAACGAGGUCUAUCUGGAUAUUCCUGAUAUGUAGGAGCAGAGCAACAGCUAAACACAAGCAACAAAACCGACUAAUGUUGGAGGGCUAAGAGCGAACGAGGCUUCUGCAUACUCAACGCGCAUAAGACUCCAUCGAAAUCGAUUGAGACAAAAUUUCUUUGGGACAAUCAAGAACCAAGAAUCAUCGGAUUCAUCCGCUCGAUUGGUUGCAUGAUAGAUAAAACCUAGCUCUUCGGAGUCUGGUCUUCUUCAGCUUCACCAAUAUCCUUCGAAUAAAUCAGAUUGACCGAUACUAUGUUCAACAAGACAGAGCUUAGAACCAUUCAGCCGGAGUGGCUCUUCAAAUUCUUGAAAAUUCCUAGAAAAUUCUCAAAUAAUACCGCAGAGUCGGCUUUGUUGCCAUGUGCGACGAAUAUCCCUAGCGAACUCAAUGCUCCUUUACUUUUCUUUUCAAAAUUUCCUUUAUUGAAUGUUUUCUUAAGAUACCACCCAUUGUUGUUUUUCCAGGUGAGCAAGGUGUCUGGCGUUUAGCAUUCUGAUCAUCAAAUUUGCCAAGGCGAUUUGAUGAUUUGGGAAUGCUUACCUGCUUGCUUGCCUGCUUGACAAGCACUUUGCAUUCCGGGAUUGGGGAAUGAGAGGUCGAUAUGAUACACUAUGAAAUCAAAGGAUAGUCGAGCCUGCUUUGGAGCACAGUGGAUGAUACUUUGGUACAUUGGUACAGCAGUCAGAGGGUGUACUUGGGGAUAGCAUGGAAGUACAGAAACGUAGGAAAAUCGUUGCUUUGGCUAAAUUUCACGGAUCAAUUGAGCAAAAUUAGCUUACCGGAUGCGACCACAUGCGUUGAAAUGGC